UUGACAGACGAAAAUCACUCGAUCCUGCUCCGUGGAUGCGAAGGAGCCCACAUCCCCCCACGGCCCCACCCUCCCUCUCUUCUUAGCAAACCGUUUUUUUUUUCCUCGGCGGCGGUUGCGGCGGCGGCGAUGGAAGUGAACACGGAGGCCGAGCCGUUGAGGGACGGAGCCACCAGCCAGGACCACGAUAGGGAGGAGGAGGGGGGGCAUGACAUCGGCGGCGAGGCCAAGAGGCUGCGCGAGGGCAACGACGACAAAGACGGCGAGAGCGGCCGCCAUCAGGAGUACAUGGAUGAGGACGAGGUGGACUGGACCAUGGGAAUCAAUAUCCUCGACUCCUACCGCCAGGAGUGGAUCAGCACGUAUGGCAAAAUGUGGGGCUCCUUCGAGGACGAGACGGAGAUUCCAGCCAUGCAGCACACGGUUGGGCCGAUCCUUCCAAUCUCUGCUUGGCCAAGACACAUGCUGCAAAUCUUUUCGGUGAACGUGACAGAGAUCAAGGGAGCCCUCCAGUGGCCGCUGAAUGUCUAUGGCCAUGUUGCUGUGCGUGACUCGCUGGAUAGAAAGCGCAAUUAUCUCUUCCGACGAAGUAGGGAGGACUGCCAGACCCUCGCUUCACCUGAGCUCACAGGCCCUAGUCGUGCUGUUGUCCUUAUCGAUCCCGUCUUUUUCGAGGUCGACCUGAAGGUCAAGAGCAUUGGAACACCAUUUGAGUGUGAGGACAAGGUAUUGAGUUACCAUUGCUUCUGUUACGACCACAUUCCUCACAUGAGCAACACCGGCUUUGCUCGAAGAGAGGUUGAAUCGACCGAACAUAGCACGAUGGAGUUUUUUCUCGCGCAUCUCUCACAUGCAGUGGAGGCUACCAUUGAAAUCCAUGUUGUUGAAGGAUCGGCUGAUUUCAAGGCCCGUUUCACUGCACGCACCACUGGGAUAGAUGAAGAUGUCAUACUGCUCGACUCUUUGGACAGGAAGGUGACAGUCGCCAGCGAUGGUCUGGUUGCAUUAGACCGGCGUGUCGUUUCAGUUAAGGAGGAAGGGGAUGUGGACAACAGGUUUCUGUCUGUUUAUGUGGAGGCCACAGAGGUUGGUGGCAGUGGCGGUACCUUUUUCAAUCAUGUGAACUUCAUCCCAGAGUGGCAUUGAAGAGCCAGUUGGUCCUUCAGCUUGAGUUCUGCAAGUUAUCAGUGGUAGUCGCAUGGUCAAUGCUUCCGUGAACCUUUGCCAUAUCCUUAGCAUUUGACAUCUGUGGUCUGCUGAAGUCUUCAAGGUGAUGACUUAUUAAUUAACUAGGCGUAUAGCCCGCGCAUUUGCACGGCUAGUAUUGAAAAUUCAAAAAUUUACAUGUUGGUGUAUCCUUAAAGAUUAUACUAUUUUUUACCA